AACGGCAGCGUUUUGUGCAAUUAGACCAUGGUAAAUUAACUAGCCGUUAUCAUCCCAAUCACAAACAUUCCAAACAGUCACUAUUCAAAAAUAAAAUUCGACCGUUGGAAGAAAAUCCGAACGUUAAUAAUAUUCCUCUCCCUUUACUCUCCCCUCCCAUCUGUCUCUAAUUCUUGCAAGAUCAAGGACUUUCCCCUCUUUCCCCUUUACCUAACUCUCUCUCUCUCUCUCUCUCUCUCUCUCUCUCUCUCUCUCUCUCUCUCUAAACACGCUACACAAUUACGGAAGAAAAAAAUUGUUUAUUUUCUUCAAUUGAAUGGCGGCGUUGGAUGAAUCGUCCAGUAAUUUGUUCAUGAUCGAUCGAGCGUACGAGUUUUCGGCGCCUCGAUUUUACGAUUUCAUGUGCACGGAGACUGAUGAAGAUGUACGCAAGGCGGAGCUCUGGUUUGAGGAUGCCCGCCCCCACGCCCCUUCUCCAUUUAUGCCUAGAAUUAAGGCCACCAGAACAGUUCAGCAACAGAUCCUCUGCAAUUUCGGUGAAGACGAACAAACGCACAAGGCAUCAGAGUCAUCAGAAAAGGAGACAACUGUAACAAAUUCUGCUGAGGAAUCAGCACCGAAAUCACUAACUAAAUCGACACCUGAAGGAGAGGUCGUUUCGGGUGAAACUGCUGAACAAGUCAUUACAAAUAUCGAGCCUCAGCCAGAUGUCACUUCAGUUGAAACUAAGGAAAAUGUUAGUGCAGACAUUCUGAAUAAGUUAAUCGAGCAGACGGUAAAUGCUGGAGGAAAUGGAAUAGUCGAACCAGAAAAGGACUCCUCUUCUCUCCCUACAGAAGCUGUCCAAGUGCCGGAAGUUUGCUGCACUCCAGCUCCGCAAAAGCAGAACGAAAACAAGAGGGUUCAGACAGCCAAGAAGAUAGCCAGUAUUCUUAGAAAUCCUUCGGCGAUUAAUUCAAAAAAGCAAUUGCCAAAAUCCCAAGUUAAGAGCACCAAACCAGCUAGUGUUAGAAGAGAUCCAAAUGCCAAGAAUAUCGUCGGAACCCCCAGCUUUGCCCAUGAAAACCAUGCCAUAAAAAGGCAAAAGUUGGAUGGAGGAAAAACUCGACAGAUUCUUACAAUCAAUAAACCUUUAAAUUUGCCUCACAAAACAAGAUCCGGCAUCCUUAGCAACACUUCGAAUGUGUGCCCUUCAAAUGCGAAAACUUCUAAAGCAGACAGAAAGAUGUACGUUCGUGAACCAGCUGCCGCCCCAUUUGUUUCUACGGCGGAGAUGAUGAGGAAGUUCCAAUCAGGGACAAGAGAAGUGUCGUUGUCUCGUAAUACUUCUAUUUCACAGAGCGAUGCUGCUGGAACAAUGCAGAGAAAGCUUACGUUGACGAGGCCUAAAACACCCGAAUUCGAAACAUCUCAACGAGUGCGUUCCGUUAAAAUCAAAAGUUCAGCUGAACUGGAGGAAGAGAUCAUGGCUAAAAUGCCUAAGUUUAAGGCUCGCCCCUUGAACAAAAAGAUAUUCGAGGGCCCGACUUUACCACCAUUGCCAAGAAGUACACCGCAUGCUCCAGAAUUCAAGGAAUUCCAUUUGGAAACAAUGACAAGGGCCAAUCAGAAUGCAGAAGUAUCUACUGUGGCCUCAACGGAAUCUACAGAGGUGCAGAGCCAUCAAUGGAAACCGCAGCUUACAGCACCGAAAUCGCCUCAUCUUCAAACAUCUCUCAGAGCACGUCCUCCCAGGAUCAAAAGUUCCGAUGAACUUGAAAAAGAAGAACUCGAAAAUAUUCCACAUUUCAAGGCCAGACCGUUGAAUAAAAAGAUAUUCGAGAGUAAAGGGGAAAUGGGUAUGUUCUGCAACAUGAAGAAGCAGGUUACUGUACCUCAGGAAUUCCAUUUUGCCAUAGAUAAAAGAAUCCCACCACCAACUGCUGCUGUCUUGGAUCUAUUUGAUAAGCUUUCGAUAUGUUCGGAAUCUCAUCAAGAGAAGCCUCUCCCUAGAAAUACUACACCGAAUCCCUUCCAUCUCCAUACAGAGGAAAGAGGGGCGGAAAAAGAGAAAAGGUUGGUUGAGGAACUCUUGCAGAAACAGUUGGAAGAGGAAAAUGCUAGAAUACCGAAAGCUUGUCCAUACCCUUACACAACUGAUUAUCCCGUGAUCCCACCGAAACCAGAGCCGAAGCCAUGCACGAAACCGGAACCUUUUCAAUUGGAAAGUUUGUUGCGACACGAAGAGGAGACGCAGAGAGAAAUGGAAGAAAGGUUAAGAAUGGAAAUGGAAGAAGCUGAGAUGAGAAUAUUUAAAGCCCAACCUAUCUUGAAAGAGGACCCUAUUCCAGUUCCGGAGAAACAACGAAAGCCGCUCACAGAAGUUCAAGAAUUCAAUCUACACGUUGACCACAGAGCUGCUGAUAGAGCAGAAUUCGAUAAGAAGAUUAAAGAGAAAGAAACGGUUUACAAGAGAUACAGAGAGGAGGCAGAAUCUGCAAAAAUGAUGGAGGAAGAGAAGGCUUUGAAACAGCUGCGACGGACAUUAGUUCCCCAUGCAAGACCGGUGCCUAACUUUAAUCAUCCAUUCUUACCUCAAAAGUCUGGUAAAGAAGUAACGAAAGCCAAAUCACCAAAAUUGCACGUUAAUCGGAGGAAAGAGAAGCGAAGAAUAGUGUUUCCCCCAACUGUAGCAACAGCUACAAGUGCAGCCGCCUCUCAUAUGAGGUAGUGGGAAGAUAGAUAUAUCUGUAUUUGUUCAAGUACUCUUGAACUGUGUGUGUGUGUGUGUGUGUGUGUGUAAUGAAUGUGUUUGUUGCAUAUGGAGUAAAUUUGUUGAACAAUAUCUGUAAUGCACAAUACUUUGUAGCAAUUGUAGCUAUAUAUAUCUUUUACAUAUGGAGUAAAAUUUGUUCUUUUCUCUA